AUGCAACAAAAAGCCAAUACUGUGUGUAAUGUAAAAUGUUUGCAUUUCCAGCAGCAACAAGCGCAACAGCAGCAACAACAGCAGCAGGCGCAGGGUCCCACGUCCGCCCACGAGGCGCUCGUGGCCGCCGUCUUCAACUGCUGUGUGUUCGGAGACGAGAGGGACCAAGUGCUGGCCAAGUGGAACCUCAUACAGGCUCAGUGGGGCACUGGUCAAGCCUACUACAGUCGUAACGCGCCUCCUUUAGAGUUGAACGAACAGAAUCCGCUAUGCAGGUUCAAGGCAGUAGGAUACUCCCGCCUCGGCGGCCGCGAGGACAAGGACGGUCACGUCGCCAUGCUGUUCAACAAACCUGAACAGGAGAUCAAAAAUAAUCAGCAGGCCCUGACUACAUCUCUGCAAGGUUUAAUGGGAAACAAACCUAAUUUAGCCGUCACUAUAGAAUGUGUUAAAGCUGUUUCUGAUAGCAAAACUCAGGUUGUUAUAUACGUAGUGGACAAAGGAGCAGGCAACACGCAUAUAUCUGCGUCGGAGCUAAGUAACUUUUUGAACGCGGGUGCGGCUCGCAACGCAUUGAACGGCGCAGGUUGUACUACCGUGUCGCCUGUCACUGCGCCCUCGCCGCAAAUGUUGGCGCAGUACUUACAAACUGCACCACCUGGAAUGGACAUGCGACUCUGGAAGCAAGCGCAGGCUGACAAUCCGGACCCGGAAAACUACAUUCCUGUGCCCAUUAUAGGGUUUUCUGAGAUAAAGUUCCGCAGUGGCUGCCAGUCGGAGCAGGCCAAGCUGCAGGCGCAGUGGUUGCAGCGCGCGGCCGCCGACCUCGCCGAGCUGCGCACGCGCCGCGCCGCCGCCACGGCCCGCCUGGCGCAGCUCGCCGCCAGGCUGCAUGCUCGCCGACAUACGUUGCUGCAGGUGGUAGCCCGGCGCGAGGUGGUGGGUCGCGUGGGCGCGGCGCUGUCCCCCGAGGAGGAGGCGGCGCGCGCCCGCCUGCACGAGCUUACGUCACAACUUGCUGCACCACCGCUAUACAAUGGUCGCCUGAACGAACUACUAUGUGCAGUACGACUGCAACGCAGCGCAAGCGCAGGGGCGUCGCAUGAGCGGUACCAUUUGGAUCCUGGUGCACAAGAAGACGUGAAGCAGUUCCUGUCUCUACAGCAGAAGGGAAUGGCUCAUCUAUUGGACACCGCCCGUAAGGACCUUGCGGCGCUCGGGACCAUUGCUGAAGGCAUGUCGCGACUUGUCCGAGCUUAAAUAUGUAAAUAUCCUGACAUUUUUUUAUAUGUAUAUCCGUCAAUAAUAGACACCGGCACAUCAAGCUAUCCUUACCUAUCUAAUGGAGUUUGAACUUUAUUAUAAAAGUUUAGGCAGAAAAUCUAUUAAAAUUCCAAUAAAUCAAUAAUGAAGGUCAAGAUAUCCUUACCGGUGUAAUGGAGUUUAAGUUUUAUUGCGAAAGCUUAAGGUUGGAAAUCUUUAAAAAGUUCGAGUGGUUGGAGGUUGAUUUGCUGGUACCACUCAAUAGGGAUGAUGACAGGGUAUGAAAAUUAAAAAUCUAUUUAGUCCGUCAGUUAGGUAAUGAAAAAAUAUUAGA